AUGGAACCAACCCACGAGAGCCAGGAUCCUGAUGAUUCCCUGAUCAGGAGACCAGUCCAGGCAGUUGCUUGCUUCUUCUUGAGUGUGGCCUUUGUCCUGGGCUUGCCCGGGAACGCUGUGGUCAUCUGGACCAUCCUCUGCCGAAUGCGGGAGCGAUCCCCCACUGUCCUGCUCCUCCUCCACCUGGCCCUGUCUGACCUCUUAGUCCUGGCCACACUGCCCGCCUGGAUCUGGGCACUCGCAGACGCCUGGCGCUUUGGGUCGCUGCUGUGCCAGGCGGUGGUGUGGGUCGUGUACUGCGGUAUGUUCUCCAGCAUCCUGCUCAUCACCGUGCUCAGCCUUGAGCGUUUUGCGGCCAUCUUCCAUCCAUUCUCCUUGCAGAACCACUGGGAUCGGGCAACUGCGAGCAAGGUCAUCGGGCUGGUGUGGCUGCUGUCCUUGGCCCUCUCCACCCCCGUCCCCUUCACCACCGACACGGAUCUUUGUCUGAGCCGCAAGUUCUCCUCUUCGGAGCAGCUGGUGGGGCUGCUACUGCUGGAGACGUUGGUGGGCUUCACGGUGCCUUUCUUGGUGAUCUCCACCUGCUACACCUGCAUACGCCUCCGCAUCCGGCGCCUCUCAUACCCGGGCCGCCAGCGGACAGAGCGGCUUGUGGCUGGGGUCGUGGUGGCCUUCGCCAUCUGCUGGCUCCCCUACCACACGGUCAACUUGGUGGCCAUUUCUUCUGAGCUGCUGGAGGGGACUGACAGAGAGCUGGCGGAGAGACUGCAUGAGGCGUCCAUCAUAGGCCACUGCAUCUCCGCUUUUCUGGCCUUCUUUAGCAGCUGCCUCAAUCCCCUGCUCUACGCCUGUGCUGCCCGCAGCUUCCGCAGCAGUCUGAGGGGGACCCGGCUGGCCAAGCUGUUUGAGCAGAUGGCCCAGAACCUGGAGACCGAGAGCUCCAAGGAGUUGUCGACCAUGGACAAAAGAGAGGUCACAUUCAACCCCAGCCAAAGCCACGUCUCCGUUGGCAUCUGA